GUGUCCAGGAGGCAUAGCAAUGUUCACAUUUAGCAACAACAACAACCUUUAGCAACAUAAUUAUCCCGCUGUGUAGGCCGGAGGAGAGCUCAACUAUCGGCCCGUUACACCCGCAGAGACACGGAGGAAAACACCGGACAGUGACGUGCAGGAUGUGUCGUCGCUCCUCUGGAUGUUUGACAGACGGUGAAGCAGCAGCAGACCUCUCGACUCUCACACAUCUCACCUCCUUCGCUCGUCUACUUACUGGAAGCCUGAAACUCGUGUUUUCUUGUUGAAAUGAUAAAAUAUUUAAUUUCACAGAAUAAUGUAGCGAUCAGUUCGGCGCCGUCGCAGAUAUUUGACCUCUGUUUUCAGCCCCGUCAUGAGCGGGUCUGCAGCUUUUUAACUCUUUAAUUAGACGGGGGCCGAGUUCACACCUGUUUGUAAAUGAUUAGACCAAUGUGCCGUGUUUGCCCCCCCCCUCAGUCGCCCCAGCUGUGCAAUCACUUCGGCUCUCCGUUGUAUGUUUGAAGUGAUUCGAUCGAUCAGCCAAUCAGGAGAAUGAACGGCUCUCUUUUAACCCCGCCGAGCCCGCGGGCGGCAAACUCCUCUCCGUUACCUCCUUCCCCGUCCCCGUCGCCCUCCCCACCGUCUCCCUCUCUGCUGCCCCUCUCCCCUCGUCCCCCGCCUCUCCCCCCUCUGGUGAGCCCUCCCCCCCAGGCUCACCCGUCCUCUCUGUCCGACACCCCCACGCCGUCCCCCUCGCCAUGCCUGAGCUGGACCGAAUUCUGUGAGCUCCACGCACGCGUCGCGGCCGGCGACUUUGCGCGCCACUUUCGCGCGUUCCUCCUGGAGAACCCGCACUACUCCCCGGACUCCGCCGCCGCCUUCUGCCGCCGCUUCACCGACCGCUUUGUCCGUCACUUCCAGAGCGAGCUCGAGGGGGCGCUUCCCCCGAGCUGCGGCUCUGGAAGGGAGGAGAUGGUGAGCUGGGCGCCCCAGUCAGACGCCACCUCCCUGGAAGAGGAAGCGGUGUCACCUCUGUCGGCGUCAGGGGGGCCGAUCCUGCCGUGUCCCCCGACCGGCACGGCGCGCGGCCCGUUAUCCAAACCUGCGCCGACGCGGCUCGUGCUGGAGAACCGCAGCGGGGACCGGUUUCAAGAUUCUUACGCUCACAGCCAAGUCCUACCUCCAUCUUCAUCGUCGUCGUGUUGCUCCUCGGUGGGCGGGAAUAAUAACGGGAGGCGAGAGGAGAGGGGCACCAUGAUGGUCAUGACCCCGGGGAACGGGGAAGCACCGGUUGAGGAAGAGGAGGACAGCUGGCUCGGGGUGGCGUCUGUCGGCGAGGACGUGGAGCCAGAUGAGCGGGAUGCUGAGUCCACUGAGGCGGACGGCGCCGACCCCUCCCACACUCCUCAGAUUCCUUCUUCCUCUGUCACUCCUCCGCCCGGCUCCAAAGGCAACAGCACACCCAACUCCUCCAAAAACAAACUGAAGAAGCGAUUCUCGCUGCGGAGUGUGGGUCGUAGUGUUCGGGGGAGUGUCAGAGGAAUCCUGCACUGGCGGAGCUCCUCCAGCGACUCGGCCCAGAGCCAGCUGCCCUCCAGCUACAGCUACACGAUGGGCGUGCAGGACGCCGCCCUGCUGCCCUCCUCCAAGAGGAACUCUGGCACACAGCCUCCUACACCCACCUCCUCCAUGCCUGUCUCCUUGUCCAUGCCCCUCUCCCUCCCCCACUCCUCCUCCUCCUCUCUGCCCCCCUCCUCUUCGAGCAGCGCCACCUCUCUCUCUCUUUCCGAGGCCGCUCGAGAUCGGCGGCGGAGUAACGGCGAAGGCGGCGAGAAGGAGAAGUGGAGCCAUCGUCUAGAGAAACUCAGACUGUCGCGAUCCCCUCCGCCCGUCCUCACCCCGACCGGCUCGCACUCCGCCUCCUCCACGCUGCCCCCGAGCAGCGCCGCCGCCGUGGGACCCCCGAGGAAGGUGGGCCGGCUAGUGCGGGAGGGCGGCGUGAGCGUCAGCUCAUCCAACGACGAUUUUGGCGGGAGCCACGGCUUCUCCGGCUUCACGUUCGGCCUCCUGCAUCACGGUACGGACAACAACAACGCUGCCUCAGCUUCGUCCGCCGCGGCCCAGGCAGGUUCGGUUCAGCCUCUGGCGAGCGGCGGGAACGUGCCGUGGAGAGGAGGACGCUGGCACAAAUGUCGUCUGGUCCUCAGAGAGAGAGACCGAGAGGGUGGAGACCGGGGAGAGGAGUACUACCUGGAGUUCUUCAUCCCGCCUAAAUCAUCGAAGCCCCGGCUGACUGUCCCCUGCUGCUCCAUCGUGGAUGUGAGGAGCACCACGGCGCUGGAGGUCCCCGACAAGGAGAACACCUUCCUGCUGCAGGCGGAGGCCUCGGCGCAGUACGUGAUCGAAACACGCGACGCCGUUCAGAUGAGAGCCUGGCUGAGCGACAUCAGGAACGGCAUCUGUCUCAGUGAACAGGAAGACGCUGAAGGUGUUGGACCGCUAGACAUCAGCGGGACGCCAGAGAUCGUAGACCGUCUUUCACAAGUGUUGUAUGGAGGUAUCGGGGGCUCGUCCCCUCUGAUGGAUCCUCUCCCUCCUGAACUUCCUCCUCGAGCCCCUCUGGACGAACCAGACGGCCGGAUCCUCGGCGGAGGCGGAGCUAGUCUCGGGACGCCGUUCGCCGAGACGCCGGACGCAACAGGGUCCUUCCUGUUCUCGGAGGUGACAUCGGCGGAGACGGUGGAGCACCCGCUCAGCGAGUGUCAGUGGUUUCACGGCACCUUGUCUCGUCUCAAAGCCGCUCAGCUGGUGUUGGCUGGUGGCCCGGCGAGUCACGGCGUCUUCCUGGUUCGCCAGAGCGAGACGCGGCGCGGAGAGUACGUCCUCACCUUUAACUUCCAGGGAAAGGCCAAGCACCUGCGUCUGUCCCUGAACGAGGACGGUCAGUGCCGAGUGCAGCACCUCUGGUUCCAGUCCAUCUUCGACAUGCUGGAGCACUUCCGGGUGCAUCCGAUCCCGCUGGAGUCCGGCGGAGCGUCGGACGUCACGCUCAUCAGCUUCGUGGGCGCCACCGCCGUUCGCCAGCCAGGCCGGGACAGAGCAGGCAGCCGGCCUACGGUCUGUGAUGUCAUCACCACCACGCGCCAUCCUGACUCUCCAUCAACCCCCAUCUCUGACUGUGUACUUGACCAGCAGACCCCGUAGCCCUCCUCAACCUCCUCCUCUGCCGCCGGGCCGCCCGCCGCCCCCGACUCCACCUCAGGAGAGAGGAAACGAGACGGAUCCGGGAGGAGGAGGAGCAGCAGCAGGAGCAGGAGGAGGAGGAGGAGCGA